UCGACGUCCCGUGUUGGUCUGUCUGCAUUGUCUCACUGCUUAGCUGCCGUUCCGAAACCAAGACCUUCCAGAUGCGAUUCAAUUCUCCAUCGUAGCGCACCGGCCAUCGUGGUCUUUAGUCCCCGCGACUCUCUUUCCUGGGCCGGUUGCGCGCGUCCAGCUGGAUCUGGCAAAUCUUGGCCUCGUCAAGGCUUCCCGGAACAGCCCGCACGCCACACAGCAACCUCGACAUGGACCUCACACCUCCCUCGUUAACUACAUCCCCAGUGCCACCACAUCAGAGGUCCUUCAAAUCGCCGCCCUCCCUGUCGCAGACAUCUUGUCCCCCGGGGGGUCCAGGCGCCAGUUACCCGUCUCCAUCUCAUUUGACCAGACCACUCACCAUACUUGCAUCCCACAACUCCAUAUCAACCAGUUCCAUGCCCCAGCGCCUUUCGGAUCCAGAAAGUAUCCUUCUCCCAUCGGCCGCCAUGAGCCACGCGACCUGGGUUACGCCAGACGAGAUGGCAGCUGCGCCCGCACCUGUUUCUUCCUCGACAGUUCCUAACAUCUUACCGGCCGACUACGAUUCAUUUGCGACUUACGAGCCCUGUAUUCCAGCAUCCUUUAGUACCCACGAACCAUACCUGCCGCCUCCUCCAAGCCACUCCUUCCCGCACCCGCCACCGCCAUCAACUGGCGGCUCGGCCAGGGUGCCCUCCAUCCCCACCAGGCAUCCCUACGGCUAUCUUCACGAUCCAUCUAGUCAAAGGAUGCGGAUGGAGAGCUCCGCUACUUACUGCCAAGGCUUUGAAAGGCAGCACUAUCCAGCUGCUGUUCCAACAACUGCGCCAUACAGCUCGGAAGGGUCCCCAUUUGCCCCGAACCUCCAGCCGGACCUAGGUGACAGCCCAGUUCCGGUGUGGCCUAAGCAAGACUGCGACGCGUCCCAGAUAUACUUGGAUCCCCAAAGUCAAGGGCCUGAUUUGGGGCAGGACAGGCGAAUGCUGAAGCCGACAAGAGCCCGACGUCCGCCACGGAAACAUACGACGAAGGAGGAAGCUAACUUUCAGUGCGAGGUCAAAGGGUGCGGGAAGUUCUUUAGUCGCAGCUACAAUUACAAGUCUCACCUAGAGACCCAUGACGAGAAACGCGAAUACCCUUUUCCCUGUCCCGUCGAUGGCUGCACCAAGAAGUUCGUCCGCAAAACCGACCUGCAGAGGCAUCACCAAAGUGUCCACAUGAAGGAGCGCAACCACAAAUGCGACUUCUGUGGGCGACUUUUUGCUCGAAAAGACACCCUCAGGAGACAUAUGGAAGAUGGCUGCUCCAAGAGAUUCGACAUUGGUACACUCAAUCUCCAAGGGGAAGGGUUUGGGACCAUGGGCAUGGUAAAUCGACCAGAGCGACCCAACACUAGCUCUCGCCAUCUUCCCUAGCCUUGGGCUUUUGCCUUGAUGCCUUGCACCGCGUCUUCUGGUAGGGUUUAGAUUACAUGGCACCAACACGAUGGCCUCCUUUUAACUUCGUGUGCAAAUGGCACUGCGAAAUCGGAAACGCGCUUUCAGUUC